AUGGUCAAGGCUACUAUUCUAGGAGCGGCAGGAGGCAUUGGACAGCCAUUAUCGCUUUUGUUGAGACUCAAUAAGAAGAUCGAUGAGUUGUCGUUGUACGACAUCGUCAACACAGUGGGCGUGGCUGCGGAUCUCUCGCACAUUCCCACGCAUCAGGUGAUCAAGGGGUAUGCCCCAAAGGACAAAAAUGACAGUAAAACAAUCAAGGUUGCGCUGAAGGACAGCGACAUUGUUAUCAUCCCUGCGGGGAUCCCAAGAAAGCCGGGCAUGACACGUGAUGACUUGUUCAAGAUCAACGCCGGGAUCGUGAAGAAUUUGGUGCACCAGGCCGGAUUGAGCUGUCCGGAUGCGUUCAUUUGCGUGAUAUCGAACCCAGUAAACUCGACAGUCCCAAUUGCCGUCGAAGAGUUGAAGAGGUUGGGCGUGUACAACCCAAGAAAAAUGUUUGGUAUUACCACCUUGGACAACUUGAGACUUGAGGAGUUUUUGAGUUCGGCGCUCGCUGGCAAGGUUCCCGCUUCCGACUUGUAUGGUGAUGCCAUAGCAAUAGGAGGCCAUUCCGGCGAUUCUAUCGUCCCACUAAUUAACGGCUGGGGGAAAAACUUUGGCAGCAAAGAGGAAGAAUAUACGAAGCUCGUUAAAAGGGUCCAGUUCGGAGGCGAUGAGGUUGUAAAGGCUAAGGACGGCAAGGGCUCUGCCACUCUCUCAAUGGCCACGGCGGCAUACAGGUUUGUCAAUAAUCUACUCGACGCCAUUACAGCGGCCGACGGUAGUACCGUCAAGGAGGUUGCCUUUGUCAAGAUUGACGAGUUGAAGACAAAAAAGGUGCCGCUGUUUAUUUCCAAACACACCCAGUACUUCAGCUUGCCAAUCGUUAUCGGAAAGGACGGCAUUGAAUUGGUGGAGUUCCCAGAGUACCUAAGUGAGCCUGAAGUUCUCAUGACUAAACACGCUGUAGAGAAAGUCAAGCUCGACGUUAUUAAGGGCUUCAAUUUUGUACAUGGCUCCAAACUUUGA